GUUCGACAUUCAGAGUCAAAGUGACAACCUCUCUUCUCGACUCCUUGUCAGUGACUCGAGACUCGAAACUCUCAUACUCUCAUCCCCUGCUUCACUUUACCUCUCUAUUCUCAGCUUAUAUCCUUCCGUCAUGCACUCAUAGCAUGGACACAUCAAUUUAAAUUCGACCACUUAAUUCAUCCAAUUACUGCCGUCAUCUGUCCCCCGGUAUCUCAGCCUUGGUUGCAUUCGUAAUUGCCCAAUCUAUUCAAUAAUGGCCGACACUGCUCCUCCCCCUUCCGCCGAUGCGGGCGGCAAGACUCGUCCUGAGAAGCCUGACGAGGCCAAAUACAAGGCCGACCUCGCCAAGGCCGAAAAGGAUCACGAAGCAAUUCAAGCUCGAUUCAACGCUGCCCGGACCAAGCUUGACAGCGCCCGUGGCGGCAAAUCCACUCCUGCCAACGAUCGUUUCAAGGCUCUCGUCGACGAACAAAAGGGAAUCCGUCAAAAGCAGUCGGAGAACAAGAACUCCAAGCGGGAGCAACAGGACAAAUUCAACAAGAACGACAGUGAGAUCAAGAAGUUGAUCAACGACCAAAAGGAGACCCGUGCCCGAUUGGGAUUCAAGAGUGCCGAUGAUCUCGAAGCCAAGGUCGCUUCCAUCGAGCGCCAGAUCGAAUCCGGAACUCUAAAAGUUGUGGAAGAGAAGAAGGCCCUGGUCGAGAUUCGUGAGAUCCGCAAGCAAAAGCCAAAAUUUGCCGAACUGGAACAACUUCAGAGACAGAUUGAUGAAAAGAAGAGUGAAAAUGCUGAGCUCAAGAAGACGUUUGACAACCCUGAGUCUCGUGCCUUGGCGCAGAAGUACGAGGAUAACCAGAAAGAGCUCGAUGCAAUCAAGGCUGCUCGUGAGGACACCAACAAGAACUAUGACACUUUGAAGGCCGAGCGGGAGAAACUCUACCAGGAGCAACAGACCGCAUGGACCAAUAUCAAGAAGGUCAAGGAUGAAUACUAUGCUGCCCGAAAGGCGUUCAAGGAAUACGAGGAUCAACUGUAUCAACAGCGCCGUGAACGUCAAAAGGCCGAGCGCGAAUCCUAUGAAAAGGAGAAGCGUCGCCGUAUCGCAGAACAAAAGUUGGAGGAGGCCGGGGAACCAGCCUAUCUGGAACAGAUCCGCACUGCCGAGGGAUUGAUCCGCUACUUUGACCCUUCUUACACCACAGAGGAGGGUGACAAAGGCCCCGGUCAAUAUGCUGCCAGUGCUCAACGAACAAUUGACGACUCUGGAUUCAAGGGCAUGAAGGUGGUCAAGAAGGUCGAUGAGGAUUUCUUCGCUGGAUCUGGUGGCAAAAAGAAGGGCAAAGGCAAGAAAGGAGGAGCAGCCGGUGCCGAAUCUGGCAAGCUCAACCUGAACAUCGGUAUCAUCGAAGAACUAGCCAAGGUUGGAGUCGACCCUCCCAGCACGCAGGCCGACAACCCGGCUGUGGUGGAAAAGCUCAAGGAGAAACUGGCCACGUGGAAGAAGGAUCAGGACUCGCAGACCCAGAAGAACAUUGAAAAGGCCAAGAAGGAAAUCGAAAAGCUUGAAAAGGAAGCCGAAGAAGCAGCAGCCGCAACCCCUGAGCCAGUUGCUUCCAAAGGUCGACGCAACCAAGCCAGGAAACCAGCCCUGAAGGAGACCGGCGUCAACGGUGGCGGACCUACCGCCGAAGCUGAGGAAGCUGCUGAAAAGGGGGCCGUAGAGGACGCGGCCAAGGAUCUCAAGGAGGCAAGUCUGGAAGACAAAGAGAACGCCGCCGUAGCGACCGCUUAAACGCGAGACUACCCUGCAUGUGAGGGAUGGGCUUAUAAUGGAGAUUUUGACACUGGAGGAAGGGAAGGAGAAGACUGCCAGUCGGAAGGUGGAUGUUUGAUUGGUGACCCUAGGGAUAUGGACGCAGAAUUGCACCCUUGCUGAGUCCAUCUGGGCAAGUGUGGGCGUGCAAGCUCCGAAUUCUAUCAUUGUUUCACAAUCCAUCAAAGUGUUUCCAAGUCUA